AAUUUUGACAAUAGCUUUCAUAUAUUAAUAACGUCAAAAGUGUCAAAUAGCUAACCUCAAAUUAAUGAUGGCAAUAAUAGUAAAGGAAAAUAUUCAAUUUAAUCAGAUGUGAAAAUAAUAAAUAUGAAUUCUGAAAAAGGUGCGGAAAAGGAACACGUUCUUUCGAAACGUCUAAGCAAAAUAAUCCAGACAAGAAUUGAAAAUGAUCAAGAAACACUGGAAGCACUAAAACAACUAUCCACAUUUUAUUCAGAAAAUACGCUUCAGGCUCGCAGGAACUUGAGAAGUCAAAUUGAGAAGCGUAGUUUGGAUAUCAACAAGGAAUUUUUAUCAUCAUUUCUUGAAGUGAAGCAAUCUUUUGAUUCUGUUUAUAGUGAUGUAGCAGAAAUGAGUGAAUCUAUCAAGGAAAUGACUAAACGCUUGCAAAACUCUAAAACACAAACUAAACAACUGUUGCAACAAACAAGUGCUUUGCAACGUGAAAGGGAGCAAAGUAUUGCUCAACAAAAUAUUUUGAAAGCACUUUUGAGCAAGUUUCAACUUUCACCAGAAGAUCUACUGGUUUUACAAGGAAACAAAAAAGAUAUUCUGAUAACUCACGAAAUUUUCUCUGUCUUGGAUAAAGUUCAAAAAAUUCAUAGUGACUGCAAAAUUUUAAUGCAAUCGGGGCUACAAACCUUGGCAUUAGAUAUAAUGGAACAAAUGACUCUAUAUCAGGAAGGUGCAUUAGAGAGAUUGUACAGAUGGACUCAGAAUCAUUGUAGGAAUGUGGAAAAUCAAGAUUUGACAGAGUUGAUAACUGAAUCUAUGCGUAGACUUGAAGAUAGGCCAGUUUUAUUCAAAUAUGUUAUUGAUGAGUAUUGCAUUGGCAGAAGAAGUAAAAUAACAGAUGAAUUCGUCAAUGCUUUGACCAGAGGUGGUCCGUCUGGCAACCCAGCUCCCAUCGAAAUGAGAGCCCAUGAUUCACAAAUUUAUGUUACUGAUAUGCUGGUGUGGUUAAAUAAAGCGAUAGUUAUUGAGAAGCAGAAUUUGUGUUUGCUGCUGAAAAAAUGCCGUGAUUCAGGAACUGACGCUUUGAUAAAAGACUCAUUAGCCAUAAUUUGUGAAGGAAUUUGUCAGCCGUUGAAGAUGAGAAUAGAGAAAAUAUUGAUUGUGCCUACUCAAGCUUCUAUCCUUUAUUCCAUCGUUAACCUAUUGAGAUAUUACAAGAAAUGUAUUUGCAAGCUCGUAGGUACUGGACUAGUAGAAGAGACAUUGACUGAUUUGCAAGAACGGAGCGAAAAGGCCUUUUUCUCAACUCUUCAGCAACAAGUAGAUAAAAAACUGGUCCGGGUUGAGGCUCCACCUAGAGACUUGUCACCUACCUUAGCAAUAACAAAUUUGCUUGCUACUUUGAGAGAUAUGCUCUCAACUUCCAAUAUGAGUGAAGGUAGAGAGGGAGAUAUGAUGAAGAUAACACACUGUAUAUUAGAACCACUUCUCAGAGCUGUAAAUGAGCAGGCAUCACGUUUGCCUCCUACAGACAUGGCCGUUUAUAUGUUGAACUGCAUGUACGAGAUUUACACCUGUUUGUCAUUAUAUGAAUUCAUGGAUGAACGACUGGAACGUCUCGAAGCUCAAUCUGAUGCUCAAACUGAUACUUUGACAUCUGAACAAGCUAGUUCUCUGGUAGCGAAUCUGAACCUCGGUCCCAUUUAUACAAUUUUGCAGGAUCGAAGCCACGGUCCUCUUUCUGCGGUACCUGGUAUGGAACCGAGUAAUCUCAGGAAUUUUUUGGAAAAACUGGACUAUCUCACCGCACAUCCAGACAGCAUUUUACUUCCUCAGAUCAACCUUUUGACCUCGUCGAAGCAUAAAAAAGCAGUCCAAAAAAGAUCAUUCGAUGUUCUCUUGGCAAUUUAUAAACAACUUUAUCAGGCAGUCCAUGAUCCGGUUAACAACUAUGAAAACCCUCAACUUAUAUUCCAUAAAUCUCCAGAAGAACUGGAGAAAGUUUUAUUGUGAAUUGUAAAUCUGUAAAUACAUAAAGGUAUAUAUUGAAGAAUGGUUGACCAUC